UAAAUUGAAAGGGGCUGUCUGUGCCACAGCUUCUGCUGUUGCUGCCUCUGCCUUUGCUUCUCGAUUCAUAGAAAAUUACGUAUACGCACAUUCGCACAUGUCGUCGCACUGGGAAAACUGCCUCACAUCUGGCAUGUGGGGUGGUUAUAGGGAUGUGAGAGUAGGGGUUGCUGCCACCGGUAUACUCCAAAAUUUAUUGCUGAUUCUAUUGCUGUUGUUGUUGUUGUUGUUGUUUUUGUGCUCCCAUUGUCGUUAUGGCAGCAUUUGUUGCGCUACUUUCAGUCUUCCAAUUUGUCGUCGGCCAACUUUGGCCCGAUAUAUUUACUUUGCUGCCCGUCUUUGGGGGCCAGGAAACUCGUUUAAAAAAGGAUUUCGGUCCAAAAUGCUGGUUUAGAUCUGGCCUUCAAUUCCUAAUUUGAGCCCAAAAUUUGAAUAAGAUGAAGCAAGAUUUAUCUUACAUUGCUCAUACCACCCGUUGCCAUCAUUUUCUCAACAGACAGUUUUAUUUAAGUUUUGGGUAAAUUGACAGCCAAGUUGCAUACGUAGACAAUAAAUCGAUUGGGUAUAAAUGAUAUUAGUGAUGGCAGUUGGUAAAAUAGUUUACUGGGAUAGUUUUUUUUAUAUUUUUAAGAGUUUGAGUUUAAGAACUCCCUGAGUGAAUUGCCAUCCUAAUUUAAAGAUUUUUUAGUACACAUUUAUAGUAUUCUAUAAGCCAACAAAAUGCUGCUGAAACUCAAUAAACCAUCUCUGUGGAAGCAGCAACUCCGUUUGGUCCAAACUGUUUGCAAGGAGGCUGCCAAGCCAUCGGAAAGCACAAAGCUGGGUCCGGAUAGGCCUAAGAUAGUCGAACCACCAAAGGGAUAUAAGCCGAAUUCAAAGACCACAUUUGGUCCAUUAGAUGACUGCGAUCGAGUUUUCCAGAAUCUUUAUGGACGACAUGAUUAGCGAUUGCAGGGGGCUUGCGCACGGGGAGAUUGGCAUCGCACAGGGGAUCUCCUGGAGCAGGGUCCCGAAUGGAUCAUGGAGCAGGUUAGCAAAAGUGGACUGCGUGGUCGUGGAGGAGCUGGCUUCUACGUCGGACAUAAAUGGGAAUUCCUUCACAAGACCAAGUCCGAAAAGGUACCCAAAGUUAUCGUCGUAAACUGCGCAGAAGGAGAACCGGGAACUUGCAAGGAUCGGGAGAUCCUGCGUCAUGAACCCCACAAACUGAUAGAAGGCAUGCUCCUGGUGGGCGUGGCCAUGGGGUGCACCAGGGCCAUUGUAUACGUACGGAAUCGGUUCUACAAUGAGUCCUGUAACAUGCAUUUUGCCCUGGCGGAGGCAUAUCAUCAUGGUUUGCUGGGUGACAAUGUCUGUGGAACUGGCAUUAAGUUCGAUGUGAUGGCCCAGCGUGGAGAUCGGUACUUAUGUGGCGAGGAAACUGCCAUGAUUAACUGCUUAAUGGGUAAACUGGGUAGGCCACGACGUCGUCCGCCCUUUCUCACGGAGAAGGGUUACUUUGGGCAUCCCUGUUUGGUGAUCAACGCAGAGUCUAUUUCAGUAGUGCCCACCAUUUUGCGAAGAGGUGCCGAGUGGUGGGCAGGAUUAGGUCGGAGUUACAAUACUGGAACGAAGCUCUACUGCAUCAGCGGUCAGGUGAAUAAUCCCUGCACUGUAGAGGAGGAGAUGUCUGUGCCUUUGAAGGAUCUAAUAGAACGGCAUGCGGGUGGGGUAAAAGGGGGCUGGGAUAAUCUGGCUGCGGUUUUUCCAGGAGGCUUAUCCACUCCUCUUUUGGAUCCACCCACCGCCAGUGAGGUUCUCAUGGACUUUGAUUGCCUGACUGCUGCGGGCAGUGGUUUUGGAUGUGGAUCCGUCAUUGUGAUGUCCAAGGACUGUGAUCCUCUGGAUGUGAUGCUGCGCUCCAUCGAGUUCUUUGAGACGCACACCUGCAAGCAGUGUACUUACUGUCGGGAUGGAGCCAUCUGGCUGCCGGAGAUUUUUUCCCGAUUCGUGAAGGGUCAAGCACACCCCCACGAGAUCGAUUGGAUUAUGGUGAUCGCGGACAAGAUCCGGAAUAGCAAACCCAUCUGUGCCCUGGCCUAUAGCCAAGUCAGCGUGGCCGAGAGUCUAGUGCGAAUGUUUAGCAAGCAAAUUGAAGAACGCAUCCUGAAAUAUGCCAAGGGUUCUUGAUGCCAUCAAACUUUUCUUUACACAAUUUGUAUUUAUUUACAGAUUGAUUUGGGUACAAAAAGAAAAUUCGAAUAUCUUGCAAGUUGCUUAGAGAAAAACCUGAAAAAUUAUCAAGAUGAAUGGCGAACAUUUGCCAUCAUAAAUUAUACUCUGCGGCAGUUGCCAGAAAAUAUAAGUCGAUUUUAUUAAUGGCCAAAUUGAUGAGUGCUCGAAAAAGGAGGGACAAGAAAAUUAUACACAAUUAUUGUUUAUUAUUAGCUUAAUUUGUUUAUGGCCAAGAAGAUUUACGCCUACAUUUUAAUUUACUUUACUUAUAGAUUGGUGACACGCUUUUUAAGUAUCUUUUAGAAUUCUAUCAUUUGGUUGGGCAAAUCUAACAAAGAAACAAAGAAAGAAAUUAAAGCAGCUUUAGCGAAUGCAAAAGCCAAGCUAAACCUAUUGUCAAACGAUAGAUAGAGAUUUAAUUAAGAUGAAUGGGUCUGAAAGAGCUCAGGCUAAUGCGGUCAAAGUGAAAUAAAUCUCUGGCUACUUUUACUGGCCACUACAGGGCCCAGUCCGAUCCAGUCCAGUCCAGUGGAAAAUGUUUUUCGGAUGGGGGCUCGCAAAUCAUUGAUGCCACACGGCGAAUGAUGACAGUUUAAACGAGUAUUCAAUCCGGUUUGUGUCCGUUGCUACUCGUUAGUUAGCUCUGGUUUGCUCUUGGAUUUCAGUUUUGUGGCUGAUGAGAGCCAUUAUGUUCGUAAUGUCCUGGCAGGAAUAAAAAAAAAAAAAAAAAAAAGAGGAGAAAAAAUCACAAAAACCCAGUGAAAGAUGAAAAGCAUGUGAGAGGGUAGAUGGUGUAGUGUGUAGUGGGUCAAAGUGGCAGCGGACACAAUGUUGACAUAAACAAACACCAGGACAUUUGUCUGCGCUUGAAUGAUUGCAAAGAGAGACAACCUACACACAUAUAUACCAAGAUUUGCCCCCAAACACGAGGCCGCGUCCUUGGGCUCCUUAAUCGUGUUUUGUGGGUCAGUUUACCCUUGCCAUUAUCCAUUAUCCUUUCCCUGUUGCCGUUGCUGCUUGCAUUUGCCAAUAAUCAGGACUCGCCAGACUCUCGACUAGCUGUGCUCUUGGCCCCGCUAAUUUGUUUGGCUCGGCCAUCGCCAGAGAAAGUGCCAUACUUAUGGCCAGGCUAAAGUGAAAGUGUUAUGUUUUCUUUUUUUUUUCUGUUUGAGUUGGCACAUCCGAGGUUCAUUUCUCAUCGCCGGAGGCAGCUGACGCCUGCGUCAGUCUUAUCUCAAUUAGGGACCCAUUCAUCCGGUGCCAGGCUAACACUCCUGACACUUGACGACAGUGUCCGCAGAGGUGCCCCAUACCCUCAAAUUGGUAAUGACUGAUGGCCAUACAAUUAACACUUA